AUUUAUAUACGUACGUACGUAUUUACUUCAGGUGAUAGUUAUUUAAUUGAACAAAUUGGAAAUAAUAUUAAAAUAAAAAAUCUUUACUUUCUUUUUUUUUUGUAACAUAAAAUCUUUUAAUUAGUUUCCUUGACAGUGACGAAAUAAUGGAUGAAGAUAAAUUUGCUUUAGUUGAAAAAAUUAUUACAGAUAUCGAAAAUGUUAUGGUGAAAAAUGCUGAGUUAUGCGCAUUUGAUAUCGUUCCUGUGGAAACAAAUUUUCAAAAUAAAUCUCCUGUUUUACAUUUGGAGAAUUGUCUUGGUUUAGAGUCAUGGUGUGUGAAACAUGUGUAUAUGUACUGUUAUUCGGAAAUUAUGGAUAAAUACUUUGCUAAACCAAAACGCAAAGCCCCAAAAGUGUCGGCAGUGAAUGCAGAUAGGCUAUUAAGUUUAAUAAAUGUAACAUUACUUCUCAAUCCUGAAUUGAAUUCUCUUUGGAACAAAAGACGGGAACUAGUAUUGAAGUCUUUUUUGGAAAAGUCCUCUGAAUUGCAAUUUACUAGAUUGGUAUUAUCUAGAAAGCCAAAGUGUAAUGAUGCAUUUUCCUACAGAAGAUGGUUUUUAGAGUUAAUAUUAACAGAUGAAAAUGUACACAAUGAUUACAUACAGAACCUUGUGGAUGAAGAGUUACGUGUAUGCGAGUUAACAUCUGACAACAGCCCCAAUAAUUACCACAGUUGGAAUCAUCGCAUUUGGUUUUUGAACAAACUCAAAGCUGUAAAACAAUUUGAUAUCAAUUUUAAAUACAUUGAAGAAUACCAGUUCUCUGAGAGAUGGAUAUCAAAACAUGUAUCCGAUUAUACUUGCUUUCAUUACAGACAGUUUUGUAUAAAGAACAUUUUCUAUAUUGAUAAUGGCAGUUGGCACAAACUCAUUGACACUAUUGAUAUUAAUUUUAGAAAGAGUUUAAUUAAAAUUGUAGUUUCAAAUAUGCCCAAAGAUGUUACUGUACACACUUCACAGGAAGAUUUAUUAUUGUAUUCAGAAGACAAUUUAGUUACAAUGUUGUUAUCUUAUAGUAUUAAGAAUUGUAAUUGUAUUGAAGACAAUGUUAUAAUAUGCAGGAAAUUAGAAAUUCUGUUUCAUGAGCUUAUUCUCAAUAACGAGUUAUUGAUAUAUUAUAAAUAUCAUGAAACUCUGUGGUACCAUAGACGUUUUAUAAUUCAUGAAAUAAUUGCCAUUAUGUAUGAAUACUUUGGUGUAGUUCGACAAAAUGGAGCACUAGUCAAGAAUACAUGUAAGAAAUGUAAUAGUGAUGAUUUAAGACAGAAACAGGCAAAAAUUGUGAGAUAUGAUAGUAAUCGCAUUUAUUUUAGUGUCCUAUUUAAUGUGUUGGCAUCUCAUGAAAAGAAAUUCAUUGAGGAGAGGAGAAAUGAUGGUGAUAAUUAUGCAGACAGACAUUUGAAGUAUUUGAAAUUUGUGGAGGGGCUUAAUAAUGUCAUGUAAUAUGGUUUUGUUAUUUUUGAUCUUCAGCUUAUUUAAAAUUAUUCAGUCAUGGUUAUAUAAUAUAAGUAAAUGAUGUAUUGCUAUUUAUGUGUAUAUAAAUUUUGGAUAAAUUGGAUAUAUAUAUAUAUAGCUAUAAUAUAAGAAUUUUUUCAAUGUUUCAAUGAAAGUGAAGCCUGUAUAUGUAGUUUUAUAAUUUAUAGAUAGGUUUUUAAUAAGUUUUGAAAAUGGGUUAGAAAGUUAUAAGUCAAUUCCUUAUAAUUAUUAUUAUUGAUAUAAGGAGAUACAUCUUUUAAAAAAAGAAAACUGAAUGUCUGUGAUCUCUAAAUGAAGUUUUUUAUAAUAUAUUACUUUAAAAUAAUAUGAUAGGUGUUCAUACCCUCUGUAUUCAAUCGAAAUAUUAUAACCAAUGUUUUCUUCGAAUAUUAUUUGUAUAUUGCUAGAAUAAAGAUGUCAGUUUGACAAAUAUAAUAUGGGCUAGAUUUCUAUUGAAAGGCCAAAGUUAUUUGUGGAGUAAGUAUUCUUUAGAAAUUUACUUAAGGCUCUCUUCUGAUGAGAAUGGUAAAGACAAUGUCUGACACAAUUAUAUAUUCCAUUACAUAAUAAUAUCAUAUUAAAAUGCUCCAAGUACUUAUCAUACAACCUAUAGGGAGAAGCAUUGAUUAGGAAUGAUAUUUUGUACCUUCUAUACUAACAUAGCAUGUCGAGCUAUGGAGUUAGUAUGAAAGGCUCAAAACAUUUAUUCAUGUUUCUUUACGAAAAAUGUUCCAAUUAGGGUUAGGUUUCAGGUUCAGUUUUGGUAGAAUAAUUUAAAUUGCAAUUUCCAUUUUGACAUGUAAGUGUUAUAUUUACUGCAAUGACAACAAUCGACAAAAACUACUGACUGUACGAUAAGAGAUUAUAAUAAUGAGCAUAUAUUUUUUAGUAUGAUUUAGAUAUUAAAAUAAUGACAGAAGUGGAGUGUGUGUGAAGCUUAUCUAAUUUGGCGGACUGUGGAUAAGCCUGGGUUUUUGCAUUUGGUCCUCUCUGACUACCUCGUAAGAGAUUUUGUUUACCUGUAUAUAAAACAUACUGUAUAUACAUACAAUACUUACGGGUUUUCAAUGAUAGAUACGUGCCGUGUGAUAUAUGAAUGUAGAUCGCUAUUGCCAUUUUUAUUGGAAGAUCAUCCAAAUCUAUUGUCAGUAUCAGUACGUUCAGUACCAAAUUUUACUAUAUUAACAAAAUUUUACUGCCAUGGUGUGUAAGUAGUAUACCUAUUUAAUUUUUAUGUAAUAGUCAUUAUUGUUAUAAUUUGAAUAAAAGACAUGUUUUGUAUUUCGAAUAAAUACUUAUUAUAAAUUUAUUUAAAUUUA